CCCUCCCCUGCACCGCUUUAACAAUCCAAAAAAAUGACAAAUACUGUGUGAUGUCGAUCGCGUCUUUAUUUUUUUGUUUAAUUUAGUAAAUUAACAUAAAUCCAUCAGUAGAUCAAAUCGGCUGAGAAAAUAUUAUAUUUUCAUUUGGAAUAGGAUCAGAUGACAGUGUACUGUAUUGUAAUUUAGACGAAUUUAGAUUUGUGAUUUAAGGUUAAGUCAUAUCAACAUGGUUCAGGCAGCAGAAGAAAUGGAACAACCUGACCUGCCUCAGGCAGUUAGACUUCUCAAGGAAAUGAACAUGAAUAUUCAACAAGUGACACAACUUGUAGAUAAUAUGUUGGUCCGAGUCAAAACUGGCGAAGUCACAACAGACAAAGGAUUGAGCUUUCUGGAGAUGAAAUAUCAAAUGCUUCUUAGUUAUCUUAUAAACUUGACUUACAUUGUAUUACGGAAAUGUUCUGGAGAAAAAAUUGAGUCAGAUCCUUCAAUUGACAGAUUAGUAGAGUUGAGGACUGUACUUGAAAAGAUUCGACCUAUUGACUCCAAACUUAAGUAUCAAAUUGACAAACUUGUUAAAACUGCUGUUGUUGGGGCUACGUCUGAUGAAGAUCCACAGUCAUAUCAUGCGAACCCAUCUAAUUUAGUUAGUAAGAUUGAAGACUCAGAUGCUGAAGCCAGUGACAGUUCAGAUGAUGGGGACAAUAAGAAAGACAAAGCAAACAAAUCUAAUAUCUAUGUACCUCCAAAAUUGGCAGCUGUGCAUUAUGAUGAUAGCAUAUCAAAACGUGAGAGUGAAAUGAAAAACAAAGAAAAGUCAAAAAAACAAUUCUUGAAUUCUAGUGUUAUGAGAGAGCUCCGAGAUGAGUAUUCAGAAGCACCAAUGGAGGUAAGUUCAGGAAACCAAAUCAAGCAAUCAAUAUCUAAGCAGGAACAAGAAAAAACAGAGUAUGAAGAAAAUUAUCUUACACGUUUACCUGUCACGAAAGCUGAGAAGAAUCGCAGACGUAAACUGACAACUGUAGGUAUGCUAGCAGAUGAAAUCACAGGCCGAUCAGCAGCUACUCGUAAGCAUAAAAUCAAGUCAAAAAAGGGUAAAGGUUUCAAACGAAGGCGCACACAUUAAUAUGUAUCUCAAUUUUCACCUCUAUAAUAUUUGAUUUAUGCUAGUUAUCCUGUUAUUGUCAGUAAUAAUAAUAUUUAAUGCAACAUAAUAUAGUUAUUUAAUUUAAUCCUUUUACUGAAAAAAUAUUUUAUAAGAAUGUAGUUUGCUUUAGUUUUUGUUUUAUGCAUAUUUUUAUCUUAUAAAACCUACAGCAAAGGAUAUUACUGACAGUAAAGAUUUUAAUAAGGCCAACAUAAAACUGAAAAAUCUUUAACGUGAUAAUUUACUAUUUUUUUAUUUAUGUUGCCUGUUUUGUUUUUUUUGAGAAACAAUUACUCAAAACCUAAGACUAGGCGCAGACCACCGAUUUUUAGUUGGCCGAUAGUUGGGCUCGAUUUUAACUUGUAUGAAGAAUCGGCCAAAUCAAAUCGGUGUAAUGUGCGCACAACUUCCAUACUGAUCAACUGCCCGACUAAACUAUCGGCCGACGAAAAAUCAAUGGUCUGCGCCUAGGCUAAUAACUAACUUCAAGUCAGCCAGAUUGGUUGAUCUAUUCAUUAAUUGUGCAAAAGAGACUGGGUAGAGCAGUAACAGAUAUAAUUUUUUUGGAGUAUGUAAUUAUUCAAUUAUUCCAGCAGUAAAUAGAAAGCGAAUUACUUCACUCGGUAAUUUUUUGAUUAAAUUCAUUUUUUGAUAAAAAACAUAAUUUACACACAACAUUCUUUUUCUCAUUGUAGUAAUUUAGUUAUUAGUAAUUAGUAAUAUAUUUUAUAAAUAACAUGCAUGCUACUUUUUAAUUAGUAAUGGGCCCACAGCAUAGCUCUACCUACAAUUUCUAAAUACUGCUAGGAAUAUUAAGAAUAAUUAUUGUUGUUUUAUGUACAUUAUUUUGAAUAGCAGAACACCCAGGGUGAACCAGGGGUACAAGAAGUUAACCGUGGAACACCUAGGUGAACCAGGGGUACAAUAAAUUAACCAUGGAACACCUAGGUGUACCACUUUGGUGUUCCAC